AAAAGACUUCUCGCGCAUGAUGUUAUAACGUCGAUGUCACUUUUCAAAUAAUUUUAGUGGUUUGAGUUUGGCUAUUUUUGUGGUGACGAAAUUAUUUCAUUGUUUUAUUAAAGGUGAACUACGGAGUGGAUUGAGCCCACUGUGUCGGUCGUUUUCGAUUUGUUAGGGGAAGUGUUCAAAAAUACCGAACUCGUUUCCUGUUCGCGAAUGGCACAGAGUGAUUUGCGUCGGCGCUGCUGGGAGUCAACAUCAACGAGCAUCAGAGGACACUUUACGUUUGGAGGUGAGAGGUCCUCCUUUGGUCGCCAUGGAUCCUUGUGCACAUGCUCGAGGAGCCCCAAUGAAGUCCAGGGCCUCGGUCAGAAAAGAGACUGUACAUGACAGUGGACCAAAGUUUGUCAAGAGCCUCUUGCGGAGCAAAAAGGAUCUUUGCAGUAUCAACCUGGACCUCUCAUCCAAAGGCAGCACAAGAGUGACAGAGAUUCAUUUUGUUUGUCUGCCUGGUCAGAGUGAAGGUGACGAUGCUGUGGAUCAGGCCCUAGCGUCCCUUCCGGCUGGGCUGUGUGAGAUUCUCAGAACCUUCCACAUUUACAACCUGAGGAAUAAUGAAGUUCAGUUGCUCAAGGACUCCCCCAGACUGACUGAGCACAAGGACACUGGGCCUCAAUGCUGGAUAAAGGCUGUGUGUGUGCUGCGCCACAACCUUGGUGUCAGUGGGCAACCUUCGGCUGGAGUCACAUCGUUGACAGGCCUUCUUGGAUGCUAUGUAGCUGGCGUCCGCUAUGCUCUGGAGCUACAAAGCUUCCAAAGGGGUGAGGCGAGGCAGUCUGAGGAAGAUGACACCAACCAAUCCAUCUCGUCCAUCGAAGACGACUUUGUCACUGCACUGGAAAAUCUCGAGGAGGACGAAAUGGGAGAGAAUCUCUCUUAUCGGCCUUUCAAAAGACAUGAUGUGGCGUCACAAACAGUGCCUACCCACAGGAGAGGAAAGGAACUAUCAGGUUCCCACAUUAUAAUAAGUUCAUUGUCAAAGAAAUAUGCAGCCAAACACGAGCCGGUCCCGGAGAAUUCUGUCACAGUGCAGAGGUGUUCAGGCAUGGAAACCCAGUGGACUUACUGUAGUCCAGGAGCUCGUCUGUCUUCACCAACAGUUCAAAUCAGUGAAUCUGAAGAAUCUGAUUGCUCAAGCCCAAGCCCAAUCAUUUUCCUGGAUGAGGUGGACUACCAGAAGAGCAUGCGGGCCAAACUGGACAUCCCUCAGGUGCCAGGAGGUCCCAGAGAGAGGGUGGAAGACUCUGACUCUGAAGUUAGUGAAUUCUUUGAUAGCUUUGACCAAUUUGAUGACCUGGAAGGCUUCAGUUCAGAGAGUGGCACUCUCACUCUUCCAUUGGAUAAUGUUAGUGCUCCAACCACACAGACUAAAAUCACAGAAUCUAGCACUAGUGAGUCGUCAUCCAAAUAUGUCUCUAAAGGCUGCUCAACAAAGGGGAUGUAUCCUCACUGCUUUGAUCAGCCAAUUCUCCCAGCCAAUGUGAAAAAACCUACUCCUCUUAAACCAGGCUCCCCCUAUGGAGCUCACACUGAGAUGCCUGACUCCCCACGGCCUGUACAGAGUCCCUCUGAGGACAACGGUGGUCCACUCUUCAGUCCUGUCAGCUCUUCUGCCUUCAGCCCCCUGGCGGAUUCAAGUGGGAUGCUUGAAUAUUUCUGGAAGAGAAGCGAGGAAGGGAGCGGCAGCACUGAAUUACGGAAACCUCAAGAUCUCUGCUGUUUGUAUAAGACCUACUCAGACUUUGCCAGCAAUCUCUCCAAAGAAAUUCUUGGAUCUGUCUGUGGCUACCAAUCUGCUAUAGACCUUAAUGACAACAAGAAUCUUAGUUGUGUUUGCCACAAGGAAUUCACCAAUCCCUCAGGCUACACGAUGAAGCUGUCAGAAAUCCAGGAGACUGUAACAGUGGCUAACCUACAGAAGACAUCCCAGUCUUUGAAAGAUGGCAUUCAGAGGUUUGCAUCAGACCUUGUAGAAAUGAGCCUCGGCAGUGCUUUCCGGGACCUCCAAAAAGGCGUGUCCACUUGUACAACCACUUUGUGUCAGCUAGCUGCGAGACUCACCUCCUCAGUAUUUCAGAUGGCCUUCCAUGAGAUUGGCAUGCGGCAGGCCUAUGUGUUGAAGGAGCGAGCAGUGAAUGGGUUAGCUAACUUCCUGGUUGGGGAAGCAGUAUCUGGUGCACUCAAAGAGUUCUUGACUGUGAAGAAGCAUAUGUUUCAUCGCACAGUGACACAGUUUGCAACAGAUUUAGCUGAAGAGCUGGUAUUCGAAGGUAUUAUGGAGGUGUGUCAAUUCUCUCAUCCGUCGACACCUUUAACCCCCAGUGAUUGGUCUUUUGGUCAGGGCCACGAAGAUGAAGAGGAGGUGGUUACUUCCUAUGCUUCAGACUUGUCCGAGUCUGUUAUUCAGGAGGCUUUCAUUGAACUCUCACAGAAUGAAAUUGCCUUUACUAGCCAAGCAGCCAUCAGUGUUUCUCCAGACAACAUCUGUUAUGUUACUUCAGAGAAUAUGAAUGCUCACACCUGCACCACAUUUGCUGCCAGGCAGCUUUCCAAUGCAGCCUCAAUGGAUGUUCCAGGAACCUCAGGAGAGUGUGCCCCCUGCACAGUGAAGGAAGCUCUCUUCACGGUGUCAGGCAUGGCCAGCUGUAUACCUGUGCCCCAAGCUGGCCAAGCUAUCUCUUGUCUAAAAGAUCCGGAAGACCAGCAUGGUUCCAGCCUCACGGAUGCCCCACAGUCGAGCCCUAAAAGAGUAAAAGUAUUUUCCUCAGAUAGCACUACUUACAGCCAAGAAACUCAAACACCCUCCUGUGGAAAGUCACCAUCCCCAAACUUCUCUGGUAACAUGGUGGACAUGAUAGUGACUGAAGCUUGUGAGCUUGUCAGCUCUUCUAAAAUGAAAAGAAGUUUUGAUGACUGUGCUGGUUUCCUUGCAAAGACAGUCCUGAGCCAAAGGGACACCCUGCAGGUGCCAAAUGCAGAUUUGGGUGGUCAAAAGAUGUCUCACCCAGGGGAUGACGCAACUCCAAACUCGGGUCAAAAAUCUGGUCGAACACCUGGCCCUCCUCCGUCUACCCCCCAGCAACCAAGUGAAGUAUCCAAGGAAAAACAAAUAAAACUGUUUUCUAAGAAGUUAAAAAGCAAGUUGGCCAAAGAAUUUUCCCCAGCCACGCCUCCUCCAACUCCCUACUAUCACACUGAAACUGGCCCGGGUCCAACGAAAAACAGUCCAGAGGCAGACAAGACAGAGUUUAUGUUAAAAUUGAUGAGAUCUCUUUCCGAAGAGGUAGAUGGUAAUGAGGAUGAAGAGGAGGAAGAAUUGCCAGAGGACCCCGGUGUAAGUAGCAACAACAAAUUGGUCGAGUCAGGUCUCCAUCAGGACGUGAGACAGUUGUCAUCUCGCAGGCUGUCCAGUAAGGAAGCUCUCCAUUAUGCUGAACAGUUGGCUUGUCAUAUAGUCUCAAUGGCAACAGAGAUAGACAAUCUGGAAGUCGGAGAUGAAGUUGGUGAAUUUGCCGCUCCAGAUGAGAAAAGGCGUGACAGCGUGGCUCAUUUCUCAGAGCAAACUUUAAACACCUUGUGGGUCUAUGCAGGGGAGGUGGCCGGGGAAGUAAUCAAUGACGUAAAGAGAAUGGUGAGCUCUGUCCAGCAGUGCUCAUAUCUUGGUUCUCCCCGAAAAAGAACUAUAGACUGCUCAAACUCGGAGUGUUUGCAUCACCACCACCAUCACUCUCUUACUGGCACAGAUCACAGCAGGGACCGGAAGGUGGACGAACAAUGCUCGAACAGUCUCCAAUCCUCUGUUUUCCGCUCACCUGUCUCAAUGUCAAGUAGUUCCAGCUCAGGAUUGUCCUCGACAUAUACCAGCUGUGAGAGUGUGACAGAUGAAUACGCCGGUUACCUCAUUAGGGUGCUUAAAAAGGAGGGAGGCAGUCGGGAGUUAGUCCUCGAUCAUUAUGCUAGUCGUCUGGCCUACCGGUCAAUAAAACAAGGUUUGGCUCAUGCGAGUCGCAAGAUUAAACAGAGAUCCUCCAGUGCCCGCCUGCGUCCCUCAAAGUCAUUACCAGAUGAAUGGAAGGCAUCGGGUAAUGAUGUUUCUCCAACCAAGGACAUCGUUGAAUCAGUGAUUUGUCCCUCCUGUGAGGAUACACAGUGCUGUUGCAGCGAAAAAGAGGGCCAUAGGGACUGUGUCGAUCUGGUUAAUUUUGCAGAGUCUUUAGCGUACAAUAUCACUUGUGAUGUCACACGAACACUUCGUCUGUCGUCUGUACGCCUCCCAAAGUCUCUAACAGACUCUUGUCUUUAUAAGAAAUCUAAGCUUGAAAACAUCACAGAGAACCUCAUUAGGAACUCAUUCUCCUGCCCUCUGCUUUCCAAGGACAGUAAGGCUAGACGUUACCACAGCACGGGAAGUUUGCUUGAUGGUGGCCACAACAGUGGGAUGAUGCAGGUCAUUGAGCAUUACGCAAGAAAAAUAGUUGAUGAUACUCUAAAGAUGAGUCUCGCUUCAGUAGAGCAUUCAUCCCAAGACCAUCAAAAGACUCUCAGCCAGGACAGACACUCACAGACGCAAAGGCUCUCUGAAGAGACUGUACCAGGUCCCUCUCAGGGACAGAAGACGUGUCGUUACGGUCAAGCUCUGGAGUGUCCCUACUGCUCCAAACUUAGUCGGCAUCACCAUCAGUCUAUAUUGCAGAGGAGGAAGUGCGGUCCAGAGUAUCAAACUAGGCCAGAGCAACUUCAUGGGCUGGAUAUUCCUAAAAUCCAUAUUGACCUGGAACACCGGUCGGCAUUUGCAGAGCAGAUGGUGUCUAUGGCAAUGGAGAACGCCAAACGAGAGUUGAGCAACACAAGCCUGAACGCAGACAGUGGCAUUGGCCAUGAUGGAGCCAGCUACGCAGAGAGUCUGACUGCUGAGAUCAUGAACUCUGCACUUAACGUCUGCCAAGCGGCCAAUGUCAGCUCUCAAGGCAGGGAAACCACCGAGUCUACUGUGUCCCAGCAUUUGAGUGUCGGGGACGACAGUGUGGGCAGCUGGUCCAACCUUAGCUUCGAGGAUGACAACAGCAGCUUCUUUCAUCUCAGUGACAGCAGCAAUGGGAACAGCAGCAGCUGGAGCAGUCUUGGCUUAGAAGGGGAGCUCUUGGAGGAACACAUGUCAUCCUCGCCUUCGGGAAGUGAUCAUACAGACGACAAAGAAACAGAGGUCAAAGAGGAAUCCAGUGGAACUCUGUGUGUGGAUGCAACACAUGUCCAGGCCUCCAGGACUCUGUUGAUCAUCCAAAACUCGGACCUCCGUGACAUCAGAUGGAGCUCUCAACACCUGACGCUCGAUCCCCAGUUGAGGAGCUUACUGCAGUGGGCGGCAGCCUCCAUCGCCGGCGCUCCCCUGAUCCAACUGAGUCCCGACAAUGAGCUCCAGCAGCUGCCAGCCGUGGUCCAAAGACUGCGCGAGAGGAAGUGGAGGGUGGGAGACCUGCUGCACUUCUUGUUACGCUACUGUGAAGAGAGCCAGACGCACGCUCAGCCUAAGCCCAGGGAGGAGACGCCUCAGUCGGGGAGAGAAUCUUACCGCGUCCCCCUUUUCAAGCGGCUGCUGGAGCACGCCUAAGCCCCUUGAUGCCCCCCUUGAGCAAAGCGGUACCGCAGCCAUGUUCCUCCAGAGGGCGCCGUCAGCUGAUUGAAGGCCUUGUAUAAUGUAUUAUUUCGCCACUGUUUGAUUGUUCCAGUAAUCUUGCACAUGUUGAUUUAACAGACCGCCUCACACCUCACUUUCCUAAAAAGGAAGGAGAGCGAACCCAUCUCAUUUGUUCCUGGCAUGGCGAUUUGCAACUGAGAGAAAGCGUGAGUGUGUGUGCGUGCGUGCGUGUGUGUGUGUUUUUGUUUGGGGAUCCCCAUGGCUGCCAAGCCCAUGAGGUCAUCACAUUCACAGCUCACCUUGGCGACAUUGGUGUUUCCACAUGUGAGAGGAACACACACAAACGAGAGGAACACCACACACACCCUUACAUUAUCAGAAUAGAAGCCGCCUCGAAAAAAGUAUUUCUCUCCCUGAAGUAUUCAAUUGUUACUUUCUCCACUCUCAUUCAAGCAACAUUUCAAAAAAAUGCAAACACCCUUCCCUUUGUUUUAAAGGUUUAUCCGUAGCCUCUUUCACACAGAAAUACUGCAAAAAAUGCCUCAGAGUCGAUCUACCACUCUGCCUUUCAUAUAGUAGAAGCAUCUCCUUUCAACACAACAGUGCUGGAAAAGUGGGUUAGUAAACAUUACAUGUUGAUUCCAUCAGUGUGGAAACCCCUUAACACGCGGUUGGUCAUGGCUCACUUACGACUCCAAUGCUACCUCCUAAAGUGGAAAAUUGCCCUAUUAAGUUUAGCCUCUCCCUACCCCAAUUUCUGUGUUGUUUUGAGCGGACAGCUGCAAGAGAAAACAUGCUCUCAUUUGUCAAUGUGAUCACAUUUGUGGCAACAGAAUGAUAACUCGUAAUUGUUUUUGCCCGCCAAUAUAGUGUUCCUACUUCAUCUUAGAAUGGUGGCUUGCCUUGCAACUAUUACUUUGAAUUGGAAGGGAAAUAAUGGCAGUUGGAUUAGCGAUGGGCAUCCCUCCGUUCAUUGAUUAUUUACAUUGGACAAUCUCCUUUGAAGUUGAGACGAGAUGGCAAAAGAGAUUUCUUUAGACAGCAAACGAUUCAAUUCUUAAGAUAGUACUCGCUUAAACGUCUUCAGACAGCAAACUAAUCGAGACUUUUUUUUAGUUCCCGAUCCAAACUCUCUGAGGCCAUUAACGGCAAUCGAGUCAUUAGAUGUCAGUCAAGGUUCUUUUAGAUGAAAAAAAAAUACGAUACACUGCAAGGGAUUUUUUUUUCUUUUUCUCGUUAUUACGGCAAACCAGUUGACUAGGAAGCGAGUAAACUUGCUGACUCAUCGUUGACCUCCCAUCUUCACGAGGGACGUGCUCGAGCUUAUCCCAGCGGUGAGCUUCUUCAUGGUUUUGACUCGUUCCGACGUCUUGAGAUGGCAAGGCUUUUGACUGUAGUUUACUUCAACUUUCUUUACACACUGAGAGAUUGACAUCAAGCGGACACAUUGAGACUUCAUUAGAAAGCAAAUUUGUUGCGAUUUCUGUUGACCGCAAACAAUGUAGCAGGAUUUCAUUAACCGCAAAACAUGUUGAGAUUCAAGACAGUAAACUUGCCCAGACUAUAAACGGCACUGUCGCUGGAACUUCUUUAAGCAGCAAUUGAGGCUUCUUUACAAGGCAAACAUGUUAAUAAGCCUCGGAUGCCAGUCAAGAUUUCUUUUGGAUUACAAACUCGCUUAGAUUUAGAUAGCAAACACACUCAUUUUUAGACUGCAAUCAAGAGUUCUUUCGAUGGGUCAUUCAGGCUUUAGUCUGUAAACCUUUGCAGGUUUCUGUUGAUGGCGAACAAAAACUUCUUUUGAAGGCAAUCAAGUUGAGACCUGAGACAUUCGCCAAUAUUUCUUUCAAUGGCAAACUCAUUGAGACUUUAAACUGCAACAGGCAAUUCCGAAGGUUAAACGGGGUGAGACUCGAGGUGGCCCUUUAGACUUCCUGAUACAUCAAAUGAGUUGAGAUGUCGAGCUUCAUUUGCUUCCAAACACAAUUCCACACACAUUACUGAAUUCUCAGGAUCAAUUAAAAAGUGUUAUUUAUCAUGCCCAUCCCGACUGUGAAUUACGUUGACUAGGUACGUCGAUAUUACAAAAGUAUUUUUUUCAAGGCGCUAAGUGGAAAUAUGCCAAUGUUGAUGGCUGUAAUGUUGCCAAACUGGCCUCUCGUUAACGCCAGUCAUCACCAGUGUUGGUCAUCCGUGUGUCCCAAUUGCAGAAGUUUUAUUGACGCAGAUAACGUGCAUUGUUUAACCGCACACUCACGAUGAAUGGAUGUCAGGCCACAGAUGGAUGACCACAACUUCCCUGAUGGGUUGCAUCUGUGUGCGCAGGCACAGCGGAACCACUUGGAUGCGGUUUUAAUGAGCUACGUCGUGGGCCUUAUAACACCCCAACACCCCCCACCCCCCGCCUUCGAGGAUUUGAUAACGGCCCACCGUGCAAUUCUAAUGGCGCGAAACUUUAGAAAGUCCAAAAUCUUUUAACCAAUGCAUCGCUGUUGGGUGGAUUCAUCUCCUAAACCGUUACUUUUCAAGAAAUAUAUAGAUAUAUAUUUUAAAAUUCAUCAAUUAUUGGUGAAUUUUACAUUUUAAAAAUAUUAUAGGCUGAAGAAGGGAUUGAUGAAUAGUAUGGCAGUGUGGGGAAAAAAAACAUAAAAUUGUCCCAAAUUUGUACACAAGAGACUUCUCCCCGACAGCGAAGACAUGCUUCUGUAAACGUGUGUUGUAAUUGAUAAAAGCCUGGCUUUGCAUCUCUCGUUUCGUCUUCACCUGCAUGGCUCAAGAUUUUGUUCUGAAAGCGCCAUGCCAUCUGUUCCUGCUUCAACACUAUAGGCUGCUGCCCAAAAUGGUCUGUCUGUCCAUCUGUCUCACGUUUGUUUAAUCAACAAAUAUGUCAAAAGGUGCACUAUGGAAAGAAAAAAAAGUUGUUGCUCACGAUGAAGAGGGUGUGUAUUACAAAUGAACCUUGCAGUGAGACUGAGUUAAAAGGUAUGUAAAAAAUUGUGAAAAGAGACUAUGUGUGAACAAAGACAUUCCCUUCACAUUCCAGCUUGUUUUUGUGCUUGUUGGACGCUGGAUGUGCACCUGCAAAAUUUUGUAAAAUGGCCACUGCUGUUGUAUUCCAGUAUUGCUUUCAACCCCCCCCCCCCUCCACAGACACACACACACACACCAGCCCCCACUCACACUCUGUAUCUGUUCCUGCUUACUUGUAAAGUUCUACCAAAUAAAGGCAUAUAAUAUAUAAUACGUGUGUAUAUAUAUACACACAUGUGCAGCGAAGUAUUCUCUACGUGACAUUGCUGAAUAGUGAAUGCACAUUUGUAAGCUUGACAUCAGUACUUUAUUUCAGAAAAAAAAGCUCUGUGUGGCAAUAAAGCGUUUACGUGGUAACCCC